CUGAGAGGAGAGGAGAGGCGGCGGCGGCAGGAGGAGGGGGGGGGUGAGUGAAAGGCAGCGGGACCGGGAAGAUGAACCGGAGUUUCAACAAAUCUCAGACUCUGCGGUAUCUGGAGUGCAGCGCGGUGGAAGUGAAGAGUAAGUUUGGAGCAGAGUUCCGAAGGUUCUCCCUGGAUCGCUACAAGCCAGGAAAGUUUGAAGACUUCUACAAACUAAUUCUUCACAUUCAUCACAUAGCCAACCUGGAAGUGAUGAUCGGAUAUGCUGAUGUGCAUGGAGACCUUCUCCCUAUUAAUAACGAUGACAACUUCUUCAAGGCUGUUUCAAGUGCUCAUCCACUGCUCAGGGUUUUUAUACAAAGACAAGAUGAAGUGGACUACAGUAAUUUUGGGACCAACACACUAUCAAGGAAAAAGAAAGCUCUGGUGACACUCCGCAAUGACAACCUCCGCCGGCGUCCCCACAUUAACAUUAGCAUGCCUCAUGAUUUUAGACCAGUGUCUUCCAUUAUCGAUGUGGACAUCCUUCCUGAAACACACAGGAGAGUGAGGCUGUAUCGACAUGGGUGUGAGAAACCCUUAGGAUUUUACAUUCGCGAUGGCACCAGCGUAAGGGUUACUCCUCAUGGACUAGAAAAAGUACCUGGUAUCUUCAUCUCUCGUAUGGUUCCUGGAGGCUUAGCAGAGAGCACAGGCUUGCUUGCUGUGAAUGAUGAAGUCCUGGAAGUUAAUGGCAUUGAAGUAGCAGGAAAGACUCUUGACCAAGUCACAGACAUGAUGAUUGCCAACAGCCAUAAUCUUAUUAUCACAGUCAAGCCAGCAAACCAGAGGAACAAUAUUAUUCGAAGCAGUAGGAUGUCUGGUAGCUCUGGCCAGUCGACAGACAGCACUGCUAGUCACCAUAGCUUGCCUACGUCCCAUGUGCUGCAGAACUUCCACCCUGAUGAAAUGGAGAGCGAUGAAGAGGCUGACAUUGUCAUCGAGGGCGGUCUGGAGCCACAGCACAUUCCCAAACUGCACAGCCUUACUUCCAGUAGCCUCUCUCGAAUCAACGGCAGCAGCCUUAGCCACAGACUUCAAAGGGACCUGGUGCUCAACAACAACUCUGGCCGAGAAAGCAACGGCAACAUCCACAAAUUACUCAGUUCCUUAAAAACUGAUCCCCGACACAGUCUAGUUAUCCCCAGAGGAGGUAUCGAGGAGGAUGGAACAGUCAUUACACUUUAGUAGCAAUUCCCGCAACUCUCCUUUCAGUCUUAAGUGCCAAUUGGGAAAAUUGACUCUUGAAACAUGCUAUGCACAAAACAGAGAGCUGAUAUUCUCAUAGACCUCAUGGGUGCAGAAAAUUGUUGCUUUCUAGGAAAUGUGGCAUCUGGAGUUAGACAUAAAACUGUCAUGCAGUGCAAAAUUUGUCAGGAGAAUGACAGAGUGUAAAACCUGGUUUAUGUCCCAGCCCUAAAGUGAGAACACAAAUUUGUUUUAGUUGGUAUAAAUCUAAGCAGUCAUAUAGGCCGCCAAUGGCAGUGCCACAUACUUGGGUUUGAAUGCAUGGGUGGAUGUAUUUAUACAUGCAUGUAUAUAAAUUAGAUUUUAAUAGUAACAGACAGGUCUAUUUGAGGUGGAAUCUGGUUUUCUUCUAACACCAGUUAAAAGAGAGUGCUUCUUAAUAGCCAUCCGAUCUUCUGUGUUACAUACAGACCUUCCACUAACUUGUUUACACCAUAUUUGCAACCUUAUGUCUAAUCCAGACAAGCUCUAUAAAAGUAGCGGUUUCCUACUCCGGUGGUAACAACGUUAAGGAGAUGCUGCAAAUAGCUUUUCCAAAUGAAACUAUAUAUAUUAUUAUUCUUUUUAAAAAGCUUGAGGAGGCAAGGUUGGAGGAUGUUGCUGUUAUUGCUGUGCGAUCAGCUCCACCCGCUGGUCAGAGGCAGGGCUGCCUGCAGCACAGACGUGCUGCAUGGGGCAAGAAAAACGUGACAAUAAAGGCUUAAAACUAGGUUCAGCACCAUUAUCUGUAAAUGUAUUCUUUUUCGAUAUUUAUUAGAUAAUACCUCUCUUCCCACUUUCCCUCCCCAUCAUGUCUGUUUUUUUUAAUAUCAUGGUUCAUGUGAAUUUUAGGGAUGCAAGCGAGAAAGCAACAAAAAUGGAGGAGUGUGGUAGGACUGUCCCCUUCACCUCAGAGCUGACGCGGGUCCCUGCUUGUACCUUUGUGGCAACCUAAAUCCACAAGGCCUUUCCUUACAAAAGAUUGGGUAAUUGCUAUACAGGGGAGGGGUGCUGACUGACUGUCAAACCUAACUUAGAAUAGUUCUGUUAUUUUUGGACUCUUCUAGUAAUCAUAAAGCUUAAUAUCUACACAGGAUUUCUAGAAACUUAAAAUAUACUGGAUGUUCAUGAUGGCCAGGCAUCUUCACUGGAUGCUGGCUAGUGGGUAACCAGUGGCUGUUGAGUCGAUAACUGUCUGCUUCUGAAAAUGCCGUGAACUUAUGAAAGUGGUCUAAUCUAAAAUAUUUUGUUAUAUCUUGAUCAGUGUAAGGAACAAAAUAGAAAUGUUUUACAAUGUAUUUUUCUACUUUUAGCUUAUGUCAUUUUCUUUUUGUUUUUAACUUUGUAGUACAUUAAAGCUUUUUUAUAUGGUGGAAUAGACAUUUCUUAAAUAUUGUAUGGAUAUGAAAAUUCAGAAGUCUUGGUUUGAAAAAAAUUACAUUCCAUUUUGGGAUCUGUAAUGGCUGGACAAAUGAUGUGUGGACUAAUUCAUUGUCGCUCAUUUAGAAUACCUGUGGAACAACCAGUCUUCUGCUCAUUGUUAAAUAUAUUUGGGACAUUGAACGUAGUAUGUUUCUUUUAGAUUUGCUUUAAAAGUUUAUUUUAAAAUUCUUUCACGUACUAUAAUUAAACCUCUUCUAGGUAUCACAGCGGUUAUAGAACUGUACUUAUUUUUCACAGCACAGUAAGAAAAGAACAUUGAUUCUGUUCCUCUUAAAGCUGUGUUUGUACUUUACCAAAGGUUUUCAUUUUUAAAAAAAAAAAAUCUGAUUAUUGGGGCAGUAAAAAAAUGAAUACCUGGACGUGCUUCAGUCAAUCAGAUCAUUUUAUCAGGAAAAUUGUUACACCUUAAAUAAGAUUACUUUUAUAUAAAAGUGGAUUUUUCUGGCUGAAGUUACUCAUUUUACUUUAUUUAACUGAUGAAAAUGUGACUGUCUGCAAUAAAAUGUGCACUGUCUUACUUCUGCGCUAUAUCAAGCACAUCUUUCCUUAGAGGCGUCUCCCUUCCCUGUGGAAACA